AUGGCAGGGACCAAGGCUGGGCGCAAGAUCCAAGGCAUGGCAGAGUCGGCGUACUCGCGGACACCGGCGGGGAAGCGGACGCGUUUCCUGAUCGAUCUCAUGGAGGCUCAGUUUGACGCGGAGACGAUGACGGGCAAGCUUGCUCUCGUUGGUGUACGGGCGCGCGGGCGCGGCGGCCAGGUGGACCUGACGCCCGAGGCUCUUCCCGGCUGGGCCGGAACACCGCUGGCCGAUGGCGAGUUUGAGGUCGGCGUCUGCGCCGCGAGCGAGGACGUCGAGUUUGCGAACGCCCUUGCCGAGGUCCUCAUCGAGGGCGGGUUCUCGGUCACGACGGCCCCCGCGGCGCUCCAUAACACGCGAGUGUUUGUCCUUGUCUACUCGGAGUUUACCGUCGCCGAGGCGCCGUCGCGGCUCCUCACCGACGCAUCAUCGCGGUUCAACAAUGGGCUCACGACUAUCAUUCCUGUCGUCCACCCGCGAUGCUCGCCGUACGUGCUGGACAAAAUCCCCGACUCGCUCGCCGUGGCGACUGCGGAACCGCCAUUCGGCGAGUACGUUGAUGCUCAGUAUGUGGGGCGGAUCCCGAUUGAGAACGAUUCACUCGAGGCGUGGCGGUAUGAGUUUGAGUGCCAGUUCACGGCGCGGAGCCUCCGAUACUGUUUCUUCCUCACCGACGGCGGUAAGAUUGUGCGGGCCAUGGCGCAGGCGGACCGGACAGCCCACUCCCGGGCGUCGCAGCAUGACGUAAUGAUCUCGUACAGGUCAACCGACGCCGGCUUUGUUGACGUCUUGCAGGCUUACCUCGAAGACCACGGGGUCUCGGUCUGGCGCGACCGGCGGAUGGAGGCCGGGACCGACUGGUCGUCGACCAUCGCGGCGGCGUCGCGUGGAGCGUCGGCUUGA